AGGAGGAAAAUGUUUUACAGGGACCGUUGUCUCGAAAUGUACAGAUUUUGAAUACAAACAUUACUUACAACUUUCUAGUCAAACGCCGUCAAGAUGAGUGUCCAAGGGAAAGGUUUCCCUUUGGACCUAGGGGGAAGCUUUACUGAAGAUGCACCGAGGCCCCCGGUACCCGGGGAGGAAGGAGAACUGGUCACAACAGAUCCAAGGCCGUUCAUCCACAGUUACUGCCCUGCAAAAACUGAUGGGAUCAAAAACGAGACUUCAACAGCGACGCCGAGGCGUUCCGACCUCGACUUGGGCUACGAACCUGAAGGCAGCGCUUCACCCACUCCGCCAUAUUUAAAAUGGGCUGAAUCUUUGCAUUCUUUGUUGGAUGACCAGGAUGGGAUUAACUUGUUCAGAACUUUUUUGCAGCAAGAGAGUUGCGGGGAUUUGCUCGAUUUCUGGUUUGCGUGCAGUGGCUUUCGGAAGCUGGAGCCUAGUGACUCCAAGGUGGAAAAAAGGCUCAAACUGGCCAAAGCGAUCUACAAAAAAUACAUUCUAGAUAAUAAUGGGAUCGUCUCCCGGCAGAUCAAACCAGCAACGAAAAGUUUUAUUAAAGAUUGUGUGCUGAGGCAGCAGAUUGAACCUGACAUGUUUGACCAGGCCCAAACGGAAAUCCAGUCCAUGAUGGAGGACAACACUUACCCUGUGUUCCUUAAAUCGGAUAUCUAUUUAGAAUAUACUACAAUAGGCGGGGAAAGUCCUAAAAUCUACAGUGACCAUAGCUCGGGUUCUGCAACGGGGAAGGGUCCAGCUGGAUAUUUGCCAACUCUUAAUGAAGAUGAGGAAUGGAAGUGUGACCAAGCAGUGGAUAAUGACUGUGAAAGAGAAUCUGUUUCUUCCAACAGAAUUAAUCAGAAACUAAUUUUAGAAGCUGCGUCGCAUUGUCCAGCACCAUCUAGACGCCUGAGUGAUGGAAGAGAGUUUAGGCCGGGAUCAUGGAGAGAGCCAGUUAACCCUUACUAUGUCAACACUGGGUAUGCGGGGGCACCAGCCACCAGCGCGAAUGACAGCGAGCAACAGAGUAUGUCGAGUGAUGCGGAUACCAUGUCCCUAACUGACAGCAGUGUAGAUGGGGUUCCACCAUAUCGAUUACGAAAGCACCAUCGCAGGGAAAUGCAAGAAAGUGCCAAAGCAAAUGGACGUGUGCCACUACCUCACAUUCCACGUACAUAUCACAUACCAAAGGAUAUUCAUGUUGAUCCUGAAAAAUUUGCUGCUGAGCUAAUAAGUCGCUUGGAGGGAGUUCUGAGAGACCGUGAAGCGGAACAGAAGUUGGAGGAGCGGCUAAAACGAGUGAGAGCUGAAGAAGAAGGUGAUGAUGCCGAUGUCUCAUCUGCACCUUCCAUGGUUAGCCACAAGUUGCCUUCAAGCCAGCCCAUGCAUCAUUUUGGCUCGCGCUACGCCGACAUGGGCAGUGUCGGGAUGCCGAUCAGAGACGCCCAUGAAGAAAACCCGGAGUCCAUCCUGGAUGAACACGUGCAACGCGUCAUGAAAACCCCAGGCUGCCAGUCUCCGGGCCCUGGGCGACAUUCCCCGAAACCGCGCUCUCCGGAUGGCCACUUGGGCAAAGGCCUUCCUGUAUCUAUGGGAACAAUGCAGUCUGGUCAAGGCAAGCAUUCGGGCAAAAGUAGUUCCAAACUUGAGGCAUCUAACCUGUACCAUCACAAGCAUGUUUAUCACCACGUUCACCACCAUGGCGGUGUGAAACCUAAAGAACAAAUAGAGGCUGAGGCCUCACAAAGAGUGCAGAGCAACUUCCCAUGGAAUGCAGACCCACAUAACUAUGCAACCAAAUCCCGCAAUUAUGCAGAGAGCAUGGGAAUGGCCCCUAAUCCUAUGGAUUCCCUGGGCUACAGUGGAAAAGUAAGUAUGCUUGCCAAAAGGAACGCUAAGAAAGUGGAUUCCGGGAAGCUUGAAAGUGCCAACUAUGAAACGCCAGUUGUGCUGGAGGACGCAGAGAGAAACCAGAAAAUCAUGCAGUGGAUAAUGGAAGGAGAGAAGGAGAUAACCAGACAUAAAAAAUCCGUCCAUAGCUCAUCGGGUGCCAAGAAGCAGCCUGGUCAUGAUGUGCCUAGACCACUGUCCAUCGAGCGGCCGGGUGCCGUCCACCCGUGGGUCACUGCCCAACUACGCAACGUGGUUCAGCCCUCUCAUCCUUUUGUGCAAGAUCCCACCAUGCCACCCAACCCUGCCCCCAAUCCGCUAACACAGCUGGAAGAAGCACGCAGGAGGCUAGAAGAGGAGGAGAAGAAAGCAGGAAAAAUGCAAGUGAAGCAAAGGUAUGUUCAAGAGGUUAUCCAGAGGGGGCGCUCUUCUGUCAGGCCAGCUUAUAUCCCUCUGAUGAAUGUGGUGCCAGCUGUCUCGGACAUGGACCUCUCAGAGCCACAGUUAAAAUCCCAAAAGAAAGGAGGAAGUGGAUCCUCGCAGCCCUGCGACAACAUUGUGGUGGCGUAUUACUUCUGUGGAGAGCCCAUUCCCUACAGGACCAUGGUGAAGGGCCGCAUAGUGACCCUGGGACAAUUCAAGGAGCUGCUUACGAAGAAAGGAAAUUACAGGUAUUACUUUAAGAAAGUAAGUGACGAAUUUGAUUGCGGAGUGGUAUUUGAAGAGGUGCGAGACGAGGACACUGUUCUGCCCAUCUACGAAGAGAAGAUUAUCGGCAAAGUGGAAAAAAUCGACUAGGCCGUCCAACAACACAGAAAUGCUGUGCGCAAGCUGACUUGAAGAUGUUAAAUAAAAUGCUGGAGAUAGACAAUGUCACAACAGCCCCCUUGCUGUCAUGAUUGGCGGUGCCUGUUUGUGGAAGGGGAUAUCACCGCAGAGGCGGUCUUGAGUCCGUUCAAGAGAACCUGUCUAAGUCCGCACUGUCCUCCUUGGAGGCUGCAGUCCAUGUAAUGUAGCAGUGUACAGUUAAAGCUAGAGGUUGUUCUAGAACCUUGUUUAUGAGAGCUGCAUAUUUUUGAUACAUUGAAAUUUUAAAAAAUGGAAAAAAAAAGAAAAAAA